GUUUCUGCAGUUAGAGACAUGACCUGACACCUGAUGACCCUUCUCAGGGCAUUCGGGUGACUGGCUGGUGCACCAUGGAACUUAAAGUAUGGGUGGAUGGAGUGCAGAGGAUUGUGUGUGGAGUCACUGAAGUCACAACUUGCCAGGAGGUCGUAAUCGCCUUAGCUCAAGCCAUCGGUCGAACUGGAAGGUAUACUCUUAUAGAAAAAUGGAGAGAUACUGAAAGGCAUUUAGCGCCUCAUGAAAAUCCUAUCAUUUCCUUAAACAAGUGGGGGCAGUAUGCCAGCGAUGUACAGCUCAUUUUACGUCGAACAGGGCCGUCUCUCAGUGAACGACCCACUUCAGAUAGUGUGGCCCGAAUUCCUGAAAGAACUUUAUACCGGCAGAGUUUGCCUCCUUUAGCUAAACUGAGGCCUCAGAAUGACAAAUCCAUCAAAAGGAGAGAGCCAAAAAGGAAAUCGUUAACAUUUACAGGAGGUGCCAAAGGAUUGAUGGACAUUUUUGGGAAAAGUAAAGAAACUGAAUUCAAGCAAAAGGUGUUGAAUAACUGCAAAGCAACAGCAGAUGAAUUGAAGAAGCUGAUUCAUUUGCAGACAGAGAAGCUUCACUCUAUUGAGAAACAGCUGGAAUCCAAUGAAGUUGAAAUACGAUUUUGGGAGCAAAAAUAUAAUUCCAUCCUUGAAGAGGAAAUUGUCCGCCUAGAGCAAAAGAUCAAAAGAAAUGAUGUAGAAAUUGAGGAGGAAGAAUUUUGGGAAAAUGAAUUACAGAUUGAGCAGGAGAAUGAAAAACAGCUGAAAGAUCAACUUCAAGAAAUAAGACAGAAAAUAACAGAAUGUGAAAGCAAAUUAAAGGACUAUUUGGCCCAGAUCCAGACCAUGGAAAAUGGCCUUGAAGCAGAAAAGAUGCAACGGGAGGUUCAGGAAGCACAAGUCAAUGAAGAAGAAGUUAAAGGAAAGAUUGGGAAAGUCAGAGGGGAGAUUGACAUUCAAGGCCAGCAGAGUCUGAGGUUGGAAAAUGGUAUUAAAGCUGUGGAAAGGUCCCUUGGACAAGCCACCAAACGGUUACAGGACAAAGAACAAGAACUGGAGCAGUUGACGAAGGAGCUGCGACAAGUCAACCUCCAGCAGUUUAUCCAGCAGACAGGGACAAAAGUCACCGUCUUGCCAGCAGAGCCCAUUGAAUUAGAGGCCUCCCACGCAGACAUAGAAAGGGAGGCACCAUUCCAGUCUGGGUCCCUGAAGCGACCUGGUUCAUCACGGCAGCUCCCCAGUAAUCUUCGUAUUCUACAAAAUCCUAUUUCAUCUGGUUUUAAUCCUGAAGGCAUAUAUGUAUAA